AUGGAAUUUCACGUCCGUAUCAGUAAGAACUAUUUGCGGCUGUUUCAUGCCCGACAAUGGGAUAAAGUGACGGACGAUGACUCAUUGGUCAGUUUUUAUCGACUAUUUUGACCACAUAACGAAAUAUAAAUCUGAAAACCUCGACUUUUGCAGAAAGCGCUAUUAAAUGGAUGCUUCAAAAAUGUACACUACAGUCUGCAGCGCAACUUUUCAUCCACCACCGAGUCGCUUUUAGACAUAAUUCUGUCGCAAUACAACGUAGGAAAAAUGCACAAAGAACGGAGAAUUUCGUAAUCUCGUUGAUUCAGGCUCUCACUGACAACUCGAAGUUGGACUUCAUUCGCUGUUUUCCAUAUUUUCCGUCCAUUAAUCAUGAAUAUGUACGCUUCAUGCAGGACUGGGCAAAAGACCGGCCCAGGCUUUUCGAAGGCCUGUCGAGACCUGGACUUUUCACUCACAUAGGGGCCAAGUUUCAGAUCGAUCGGAUUAUCUACCCUGGAGAUAUACUCUAGGGAGUUUUAGGCCGAAAGAGCCGGGUUUUUGAAAACAAUGCGGUCUUUCGGCCUCCCAUUCACAUAUCUCCGGGACAGAUAAUUGGAUAGGUCUGAUACGUGGGCCGAGAAUCCUUCAAAAUUUGGAGUCGAUCGGAAUAUUGCAGAGUCUUGGCCAGCCUUUUGUCCAGCUCUGGUUUCAUUACCAUUCUUGUGCAACUUGAAUAUUUCUAUUUUCCAGAUUCAUUCAGCCAAUUCGACUCUCGCCAAUGCUUUGUUCCAAGACAUCAGGACUCUGACAAACCGUCUGAUUCCAGCGUACCGAACACAUCUUCUGAACGGAUCUACUGAAGAGUACGGUAUCAGACGCAAAAUUGAGCACAUCAAAAUAAUCAGUGAGUUGAACGCCGAAUGUUUAAAUUGAGCAACAUUGAUGAUUCAGCUUCAACAGCACCAAUCAUGAAAAAAAUGCCGAAAAACUUCGUCCACGCUAUCCAGAUCGUUGACGGGGAUCUCCAACGCCUGUUGGAACAAGUCGCGUUUAGAAAAAAUUGCAGUCCGCUACUAGAAAGACGUUAGAAAUGAAAAUGAUACAAAUUAUAGCGUGCACAUUACAGAGAUUUACACUGGCUCGGGUAAAAUGAGGGAAAGGAAGAAACCAGGAGUUUAUAACUUUGCGCAGUUCGAACGAGUGAAAAAUAACCUAGCAGCGCAACGACGCGAAGAGGAAAGCAAACGAAGGGACGAAAUUGGUGUGCAACAAGCAAAUAUCAUCAACAUGAAACUCAUUAACACAUCUGAGAACAGAAAACACGCUUCAACAGUUCAAUCUUAUCAAGAAAAGGUGAGUUGUUUCCAGAUUUUGACAAAGCAUAACGUUCUUAAUUCAAGAUGAACUUUCUUCUGCAACGGAUCGUACCAGCCAACAACAAUGCAGUCCAUCCUAGAAAGAUUUAUCUAUUAAAAUAUCAGGACAGUAUGAAGAUGGCCGCGCCUUCGUGUGUACUCAGACUCGAACCAGUUCCAAUCCGCGAAGUUCCAUUCGAAGAAAGAAUAAUGAAAGUUGCACCACAAGCAGAUCUGUUCACCGACAGUCGUCAAACUCAAGAACCGAGAAGAAACGGACGCUACACCGAUGUCCAUCACUUUGUCGAAUCCGAACAAACUGUGAACUUCAAUCCGAAUCCGAAUCCCGAUCCGACUCUCAGUGACUUUUUCUUGGACGAAUGGAACCAUUACGAUCCAUUCCGACACGUCACGAACUUCGAAGAAGUCUACGAUGAACAACAAUCAUUUGUUGGAGAUGGAAGCCAAACUGAGGAUGCUGUAUUCGAUGGCGGCAAUUUCGCAUGUUUUGAAUCACUUGAUGAGUCGCAGAUCUGGCAGGAAAACGGUAGUGGCUCGGAGCCAGACCCCUACCCAACCGGAAUGGCCGAUGAAGACAAUGAGAUGAAGUGGAUGGUAUCCGAACCAACCGAUCUUCAUGGGCUUAGUCCACUGUUAGCCGAUUCGGCAAUGAAUGUCGUUCGUUUCGAACAGUUUCCUGAUAAUGACCAGAUGAUUGUCGAAGAACCUGUUGUAGUUGAAAUUAACGAGAUAGAAAUGAAUCCGGAUUUUUUGGAGCAGUUUGGAAUAACAAAGGUGAAGCAUUCUCGAAUCUAGCAGAACACUAAUUUCAGUCAUUUCAGAAUGAUGUGUUUAUUGCUGCUGGGCUUGAGCCAGACAUCUUUAGUUUUGCAAUGGAAGAACAACAAAUUUACCUAUUGACGGCUUUUCUUCUCGGAAAAGAUAGUGAGUUUGAACAACAUCGAUGGAGCAGUUUUAUUGAAAUAAUCUGUUUCAGCGUCGGACCUUUUGCUUGAAAGCUCCAGUAUUGAUAUAAUUCUGGACCAAUAUACUACGCAUAGAGUCGUCAACCGUAUCGCUACUGAGACACAUUACGAGUUGUUUGUGAGGGUACUAGUUGAUUAUCUCUGAAAAAUAUUAGACAUCUCAUUUUUUACAGCUCAGCCUCGAACCGUGCAGUCUGAUCAGAGCGUACAGAGUAACUAACAACAGAAAUUAUGAACAUAUCCAACCAGUGACAAUUGUUGAUCAGAACGCCUUCCUCGAAUAUAUUCAGAAGUUCGAUGCAUCCAAGCUGAACAAAGGUCGACGUUAA